GCUAUUUGCAGAAGCUUUCCAGGUCAGCUAGCAUGCAACACGGAGGCUUUAGUCAUUGUCCGUUCAGCACGAUAUUUGGUUAAAACAAAGCUCUAUAAAAACGCAACAAUGACACUGACACCGCUCGUUUACUGGGCUCAACGCCAUGAGGAUAUUUACCUGCGAGUGGAGCUGACAGACGCUCAGAACAUCGAUGUCCGUGUACAUGAAAACGUCCUUCAGUUUAGAGCCCAGGGCCAUGGCGCAAAAGGACAAAAUGAAUAUGAGUUCAGCCUGGAGUUUGUCUUACCAGUAAAGCCAGAGGUGAGCCACAAGUCCACACAACGACAGGUUAAUAUUACAGUGCGGAAAGAACAGCGUGGCUGGUGGGAAAGACUGACCAAACAGGAGCGCAAACCAGUCUUCCUCUCACCCGACUUUGACCGCUGGCUGGACGAGUCAGACGCUGAGAUGGAGAUCCGGGAAAAGGAGGAGAAAAGGAACAGACUGAAGGCUUCAAGGCAUGAGGAGGAUCAGUUUGUCAGCCUGAAAACAGGAUGUUUAUUCAUAUAUAACCUGGUACAGUUCCUUGGCUUUUCGUGGAUCUUUGUCAACAUGACUGUACGGCUCUUUAUCUUUGGCCAAGAUUCCAUGUACGACACAUUUCACACCAUAUCGGAUGUGAUGUUCUUCUGCCAGAUCCUGGCAGCAGUAGAGGUCCUCAAUGCUGCUUUUGGUGUAGUCAGAACAGGUGUUGUUCCAACUCUUAUACAGGUGGUUGGAAGGAAUUUUAUCCUCUUCAUCAUUUUCGGUAGCUUGGAGGAAAUGCAUAACAGGCCUGUUGUGUUCUUCGUCUUCUAUCUAUGGAGCACCAUCGAGAUCUUUAGGUAUCCAUUUUACAUGCUGGGCUGUUUCAAUACAGAGUGGAAAACCCUGACGUGGCUGCGAUACACAAUCUGGAUACCACUGUACCCGUUAGGUGUUUUAGCAGAAGCUGUUGCUGUGAUACAAUCCAUUCCCAUCUUUGAAGAGACCAAAACCUUCAGCAUUCCUCUGCCGAAAGCCAUCGGCACCUCUAUCAGCUUCUCUUACGUCCUGUGCAUGUAUCUUGUUCUCAUGUUUCUGGGCCUUUUUAUCAACUUUCGUCAUCUGUACAAGCAAAGGAAGAGGCGUUUCCGUACCAAGAAGAGGAAAGCAAAUUGAGAUUCAGCACCAACAACAGCACUCCUCAAACACCUCUGCUGCCUGCCUAUUUCUGGAGAAACAUUUUUGAAAUGGUCCUCAUCAACCAUGCUCCACUCAAACAGUUCUUACUUUUAAGAAAUUAUUUUCUUUUCCACUGCCUAUUUGCUCUCAAUAAAAUAAUUUCCUUUAUGGUUAACAAGAACAUCUCAUAGAUGAUGCAAGAUUUCAUCACUGCAUUGAUGGUCCAACUUAAUGGUGAUCCAAUCCCUCUUUCAUGUCAUCCUGUAUUUUGUUGAUUAGUAAUGAGUUGUAUUAAGCCAUAGAAUACUGUUUUUCUUUGUCCUUUUCAAUCUUGAUUGAGUUUUUUUUAAGCUACAGUAACAUAACUGAUAUUUUCUAUUGAAUGGAUUGCAACAAGUACUGUUAAGAAAACCCUGCUGGUAUCAUUUGCAAUUGUGUGAAUGAAAAAAGAGACAAUAUUCUGAAGAAAUACUGUAUUUGUUAUCAUUCCAGAUUUCUUAACUGUCCCACAGACCUCAGGGAAAAUUAUACUGAUGACUGCUGAAACACAAAGAGCAUUUUUGUCCCUUAUGCUCAGUGAUAACCUGCUAUGAAUAAAUUCAUUUGUGUCCCUUCCUCA